GAUAACAGGACUGAGUGUGGCACAGAAGAACUGACUCUGGUAAAAUGAUUGGAGUGGAGGUGCCAUUCUCACAGCUUUGUCUCAGACAGGGUCUCUUUUCAAGCCACGAUCUGCUUACCUUAUCGUAGAGCUGCUAGGAGAGGUCAGCAGACAAAUAAAGGAAUCAUGUUUUAUCAUUUUUAUUAUUAUUAUUCAAUUACAAAGUAAAUGUUCCAGGUUAAGAAAACUUUGUGUAUGUGUGUUAUUUUUAUCUUUUUUACAUUAUUUAGCAAAAGUUUUUGUUGAAGAGCUCUUUUGUUAAAGUUUGGAGGCCUCUGACGUGUUCAUCUCACUGAAAAGCACAAAAGAGUUGUAUUGUCUGGAUUGUCAAAAGGGGCUUCAGUCUCUUUGUAUUACUGUUUCUGUCUAUGCCCCCAUUUCUCUUUUUCAGGAGGGGUUUGACAAUAUGGAACCUUUUGUGCCAGUUUCUGUCUCCAACUACAGCGAAAAAUAGUUUGAGAGCUGUUACCUGUGCUAUAUAGACCACAACUGUCUUCAGCAUCCGCAGAGUAGAACAGAAGAAGAAAAGAUAGAACUCAUCUUUCUCAGCAACAAAAAUCCAUCCAUCCUGGAAAGAUGGUGUGCCUUCUUGUAGUGCACUUGCAGUUUCUUUCUCUCUCUCUCUCUCUGUCUGUCUCUCUCACCCAAACCUGUAAAUCAUUUGAAUUCUUCAAUAAACUAUUAUAAGCAUGCAGAAUUUUUCAUAAUAAAAACUUGUUUGAAUUUGUUUUUUAUUUUUUAUUUAUUUUAUUUUUUUAAUCUAUGUUCUUUUUCCCCACGCCUAGUCAUAUGAUUGUAAUGGCUCCACUAAAUUUUUUUUUGCUGGAGGUCACGUGGCGGAGGUGGGGUCAUAUGAUCGCAACCUGCCCAAAGAAACACGGAACUCAUAGCGCGUUGCGUGAUGGACUGUUUACAACACAGAUACAGUUCUCCUUAGCUGGAACACUAAAAUGUCCACUUAGAUAAUAUUUAGAACAGAGUAAAGGAUAGUAAUAUUUCCGUUCUUGAUCGUGGGCUAAACUUAAAUAUACAAAUGCGUUUUCCUGAUAGGGAAUACAUCGUGGUCGCACGUUUAUGUUUUGUAUAAACGCUGUUGUUGUUUUUAAUUGUAACAAGAGGAUCUGCGAGAUCUCAACGACAGCAUGAGAGAAACGGCUCUUUUCAUAUUGCUCACUGCAGUAUUCAAUAUUACUACAGCUGACAAUAACGAUGGCUGUCAAGCGUUGAACUUUGGCCAUGGUUCGGUUGCUUGCGAGUGCAAUGCGACUUAUUGUGACUCGAUUGGCCGGGUUAGAUUGCCUGAUCCGGGCCAGUUCUUGCAAUUCCUCAGCAGUAAAGCUGGCAGCAGACUCUUGAAGAGUCAAGGCCAGUUCCAGAAGAACAGCACAGGAGCAGCUCUCAGAAUCACUCUGAAUCCCAAUCAAAAGUACCAGCGCAUCAAAGGAUUUGGGGGAGCUAUGACAGAUGCAGCUGCCAUUAACAUUCUCUCACUGUCUCCUGGAGCACAGGACCAGCUGCUCAGACAGUACUUCUCCCCAGAUGGUAUAGAAUACAGUUUUGUGAGAGUGCCGAUGGCCAGUUGUGAUUUUUCAACUCGCCUCUACACCUACGCUGACUCUCCAGGGGACUACGAACUCCAAAACUUCACCCUGGCAGAUGAGGAUAUUCACAUGAAGAUUCCCCUGCUGCAGCGGGCACAGGCUCUCUCUGCUCGGCCACUGUCUCUGUUUGCCAGUGCCUGGAGCGCCCCCGCCUGGUUAAAGACCAAUGGUGCGCUAAUUGGGAAGGGCUCCCUCAAAGGCAAGCCAGGAGGCAAAGAACAUAAGUCCUGGGCACAGUACUAUAUUAGAUUUCUUGAGGAGUAUGGCAAAUAUAAUCUUUCAUUCUGGGGGUUGACAUCAGGGAACGAGCCUACUGCAGGCCAAAUGACAAAUUACAGCUUUCAGGCUUUGGGUUUCACUCCCGAGUCACAACGCGACUGGAUUGCCCUGGAUCUGGGUCCAGCACUCCAUUCCUCAUCCUUUGCCAAGACCCGCCUGAUGAUCCUUGAUGACCAGCGACUUCUGCUCCCACACUGGGCCAAAGUGGUUCUGAGUGAUGUACAAGCUGCACGCUACGUCCAUGGCAUUGGUGUCCACUGGUACUUUGACCAUAUUGUGCCGCCUGACAUCUCCCUGGCAACCACACACCACCUCUACCCAGAAUACUUCUUGUUUGCAACAGAGGCAUGUGCUGGAUGGAAUCCAGCAGACCGUGGUGUGCGUCUGGGCAGCUGGGGCAGAGCAGAGGACUAUGCACAUGACAUCAUACAGGACAUGAAUAACUAUGUGACAGGAUGGACAGACUGGAACUUGGCCCUUGAUCCAAAUGGUGGGCCAAAUUGGGUGAAGAACUUUGUAGACAGUCCCAUCAUAGUGAAUCAGAGUAAAGAUGUCUUCUACAAGCAGCCCACGUUCUACAGCAUGGCCCAUUUCAGCAAGUUCCUGUGGGAGGGGUCACAGAGAGUGGGUGUGUCCAUGAGCCACAGCACUGUCCUGAAAAUAUCUGCCUAUAUCAGACCAGAUGCCUCAGCAGUAUUAAUCAUUCUCAACCGGUCUGAUGAGGAGGUGCAGUUUGAGGUUUGGGAUCAGACACUGGGCUUUUUACUGGGAAAUGCCCCACCUCACUCCAUCCUCACACUACUGUGGAGCAGACCCUGAUUGAUGGCAACCAAACAUUGGAUCAAUUCCCCAUUUAUGCACCUUAAUGAGUGACUCAGCCAAGUCAUUUCAGUCAUGCUUUAAGCCACUAACAUUUCAAAAGACUGAUUGCAGCAAUUACAGUAAUCAAUUAAAGAGAUCAUUUCAACAAAGUCAACAGAAAUUUACAAUCUAUACAUCUAGCUCUGAGAGCCAAGAACUAAUACAUUGCCUGAAGGCACCUUGUAUUGAAAAUUGCUAAGAUAAUAGACAAUUUAUGGGGCAAUGAAAUGCAUAAUUAUCUGUUGGGUGACAUUUUAAAAAGUAUCUUCAAUAUACUGUAUAAGCCUUAUCUUAUCCCUGGAAAAACUUGGUUUAAAAUUUCAUGAGAAAUAUUGCACUGAAGCUAAUUUAACACUUAAUAAAUGCAACUGUUCACAGAUA